CACAGUUACACACACACACACCCGCACGACACACACGUAAACCAACACGCAGGAGUCUCCAACAAUGGAGCUCAUUGUGCUCCUUGUCCUUUUUCUCUUGGGCUUGAUCGUACUGAUCAGGCGGCGUAGCUACACCUACACUACUAGUACCAGACGUGCCCGUGCUCCAGCUGCUGUGGUGAUCGAGAAGAUCGCCGAUCAUGCCGUCGCCCACCGUGCGCUCGUCGAGAACGCCGACGACUUCUCGGACCGCCCGGUGGCGCCCUUUCUGGUCUUCCUGGAGAAGAGACACGGCCAGUACGGCGACGGCCUAGCCUCCGCGCCGUACGGCCCUCUCUGGCGUGCUUUCCGGUGCAACAUCACCUCCGAUACCCUCCACCCGUCGCGCCUCGGGCACGUCACGCCGCUGCAGCGGGAGGCCAUCCAUGGCCUCGUCGCCAAUUUGGGGAAGGAACUGCCGGUGGUCGCCGUAGUCCGCGAGCACCUCUACCCUUCCAUCUUCUCGGUACUCGCGCGCCUGUGCUUCGGCGACGGCGUGGACGAGGGGCAUGUGCGCGCCAUGGGCUGCUUGAUACGGGAGUUCCAGCAGGUCGCCGUGGGAGAGGCUCGGGCCUCCCCUGGCACCAUGUUGGCCAAGCUCGCGGAGUGGAGACGAUUGCGCCGGCUCUUGGCCAUACACGGCCGGUUGGGCGAGCUGUACCUCCCUCUUGUCGACGCACGGCGGGAGUCUCGACCGACAUGCGACGGUGGCGGCCGUCGUCCAUACGUCGACUCGCUCAUCGACCUACGCGUCCCCGACGGAGGCAAGGGUGACGGUGCCGGCCGGCGCGCAGUCAGGGACGACGAGUUCGUGAACCUGCUGUCAGAGUUUCUGGGCGCUGGCACGGGGACGGUGAUGGCAAGCCUGGAAUGGACCCUCGCCCACCUGGUAAACGACCAGGAGAUCCAGAAAAAGCUUCGGGACGAGGUCGACGGCGCCGGCGGGGCCGUGAUCUCCAGCUCCAGCAGCAGGAGCCUCAUGCGUGGCAUGCCGUAUCUGAACGCGGUCGUGCUCGAGACCCUCCGCUUGCAUCCACAGGUGCCCUUCGUCCAGCGCCACGUCCAUGCCGACGCGGCCGAGGUGCUCGGAGUCGGAGGAAAAACCAGCGGUUUCAUUGCACAGUUCACGGUUGGAGACAUGGGAAGGGACGGCAAGACGUGGACGGACCCCGACGAGUUCCGGCCAGAGCGGUUCCUUCCCGGCGGUGAGGCAGAGGACGUCGGCCCUUUGCCGGGGACCAAGGAAAUAAGGAUGAUGCCUUUCGGCGCCGGGCAUAGGUUCUGCCCGGGCGUGGGUCUGGCCAUGAUGAACAUCAAGUGCUUCCUGGCUGCGCUUGUGCAUGAGUUCGAAUGGGCGCCGCCGACGGAGGGCUGUGCCGGCGUCGACCUGACGGAGCUCAACACCUUCAUCAAGGCGAUGAAGAAGCCACUUUCCGCACGUCUCACGCGACGCACUUAAUCCUCGGCGUCUGGUGUUUGUCGUCUACUUUGGCCACGUUGGGAUGCAUGCAUGGCGGCAGCCGUGGCCUUUCUUCUUCCAGUGUGGUGUGUGUCUGUGUCAUGGGCGACUCCGUGCCGGCCAUCAUGCCGACUGACGAGCUUGUGGUGGCCAACUCGCCUCUAGUGUAUACCUGUGCACGUCAUGAUAUUGUUCUGUGCUUGCUAUCUUGUGUAGUUGAUGUAACGGUGUUUCUGGCAUAUAAUUAAGUAAAUGUUCCACAUA